AGCGAGCGCCGCGCGCCACCGCUCGGCGGUUGGCGGCGCUGCGCGGUGCGCGAUGCAUCUCCCGGAAAAGCGAGGCGAGGGGCGGGCCACGCCGGUACGGGAACCCUCAGGAUUGGGCAGAAGGAGGCCGGCGCUCUGACUCCGUCCACUCCCGCCGUUGACAUCCGAGUCGGAGACGCUGGGGAUUGGUUCCCAGCGGACACGCUAAGAAGCCUGGAGAUGGUUUCGCCCUCCUCACACGCCGCGGAGAGGGAGCUCCGCUGAUUGGUCCGGGGAGUCUGGGCGCGCGCCGACCGGCGCUCCAGGAUUGGCUGAGGGUGUGCGCGCGCCGCCAGGGAGCGUUGGCGGUGAUUGGCCAGAGGGCGGAGGCCGGCUAUUUGAAGGCGGUCCGCGGUUUAGGUGCGCACUUCAGUCCGCGGAGAGAAGAGGCGGGAGUGGACCUGGUCUGCGGUACCCUACUGACGCGCCCCCAGCCUCACCGGACCCAGGCGCGGCCUCCGCCACAGCCACAGCCCCUGCCCCUGCUGCGGCACGGCGAGGCGCAGCGGGGCGAUGGCCAAGGUGUCGGUGCUGAACGUGGCGGUCCUGGAGAACCCGAGCCCUUUCCACAGCCCCUUCCGGUUCGAGAUCAGCUUCGAGUGCAGUGAAGCCCUGGCGGACGACCUGGAGUGGAAGAUCAUUUAUGUUGGCUCGGCUGAAAGUGAGGAGUUUGAUCAGAUCCUAGACUCGGUGCUGGUGGGCCCUGUACCAGCAGGGAGACACAUGUUUGUCUUUCAGGCUGAUGCCCCCAACCCAUCCCUCAUCCCAGAGACUGAUGCCGUGGGUGUGACCGUAGUCCUCAUCACCUGUACCUACCACGGACAGGAGUUCAUCCGAGUGGGCUACUAUGUCAACAACGAGUACCUCAACCCCGAGCUGCGUGAGAACCCACCCAUGAAGCCAGAUUUCUCCCAGCUCCAGCGGAACAUCUUGGCUUCGAACCCCCGGGUGACCCGCUUCCACAUCAACUGGGACAACAACACGGACAAGCUGGAGGCCAUAGAGACCCAGGACCCCUCCCUGGGCUGCAGCCUCCCACUCAACUGCACUCCUAUCAAGGGCCUGGGCUGCAUCCCAGGCCUCCUCCCUGAGAACUCCAUGGACUGCAUCUAACUGCAGGAACCCAGUGUCCCAGCACACCAGGAGGGGCAAUCAGACCUCCCAGCGAGUCCUGCAGGGCCCAUCUAGAGGACUUUGGGGGCCAUCAGCUGCAUCCAGGUCUGUCAAACUCAGCCCCUAGGAAAGAACAGGCCUCGGGACUCCCCUAGUCCUGGCCAGAAGGAUGAUCUCGCUUUUCCUGUACAGGCCUAUAAGAAGCAGGUACUUCAGUUCUAAAUUCUUUCUGACUUGUGUUCUUUUCGUCUUCAUAAAUUCUACCUAAGGCCAUUGUGCCACUGCACCCCUGAGUACCACUGACCCAAAGCUUUCCGACAGACCUCCCUGGCCCACCUAGAGGCUUUCUUGGUCAGUGCCUGUCAAGGCUCUGGUCCUGCUGAGCCAAAGGCUCUGUCAUUCCUUUCUCUUCCCGUACAUCUGAGCAGUUCCACUCCAGCUUUCUGGUGUCACAGGCAGGAAUCUUGGUUAGUAGGUAGACUUAGAUCCCAUUUCUGUCCUGCUCCCAGGAAGAUUCUUAGGUCCUCUUCAAUCCAGCAGCCCCUGGAAAACUCUGCUCCCAGAGGUGUGAUCAGCAGGAUGCUGAGGAACCAUGUUGCCUUUCCUGUCAAUCACAGCCACCUUCCUGUUAUCUCCUAAAUGGAUCUGGCUUUUUCUGGUUGGAAGAUGGUAUCAGAGGGCCUGCGUGCACAGUCUGUCUCUGGGUCGGGGUCAGGGACCCUCUGCCUCUGGCAGCCUUAAUCUUCCCUCUGCUAGGACCAGGGUGAUUUCAAGCCAGGGAAGCAACUGGGACCCUGAAAACCGUCCUUCCCCAGCCUGCUCCCCGUCUCUGUGCCCUGGUCCCCUUGCUGCCAUGUGGAUGCUGUUGUGAUUGCUGUUUGUAUAUUAUUAAAAUGUUUUUAUAUUAAAAAUGUUUGGUUGGUCUGAAAAUUAAAAGCACUUCGUUUAGAA